AUGAGGGCUCUGCGUGAAGUGCACGCAAAGACGGUGAGGCUUUGUAGUGGCACUUUGCUCACAGAACCGAGCGGCGCAGGGAAGAAUUCUGAGCUGGGGUACUCGAUGGGUGUGGAGAUAAUCUCCUGCAUGCAAGACGGCGCGUUGAAGCUGCGCAAUGAGCGAAACGAAGGCGCGCUUUGA